AUGGACAAGCUCGCGUUGAAAUUGUAAGUGAACGCGGAUACACAAGAUUUGGAGACUCAAGCUGCUUGUCCAUGCUCUCGUAUCUGGGAACUAACAGAACUCAGAUUCUUCUUGCGUUUGGAAUACAAGCUUUUAUUGCCCUCGCAUUAGCAAGCUAUUCGAAAUACUCCAAGUUGCUUUACCCCGGCCCGUAUAGCGAUCGCUUCGAAGAUAAUUUAAGCUCGCGGAAUCAAUCGCACGACCUGGAAGCCACAGAAAGACACGAGAAGCAGCGAUCCAUCGUCAGAGAUAUUCUCCUCUCUGGUAGUGACACACAGUCAAUUACAGGUGAGGACUGCUCAAAUAUGACUUUCCAUGAGGCAGCUAACAAAGUCAUUUAG